GGGUGCUGGUUUGCAUGCAUGCAUGCAUGCAUGCAUGCAUGAGGGCAUUGGAAAGGGGCGGUGCUGCGCUGGGGCAGGCGGAGAAGGAGCCGGUCGGUGGGUGGAGGGAGACAAAGGUGCCGCUUCGCACCUUUGCCAGGCUGGCCAGCCCCUCCGAGCCCCCGUUUUCCGCUCUCCCCGCCCUUGGCUGGCAGGCGAGUGGAAGGCAAGCGGAGGCCCCGGAGCCUGGUAGGGCCCCCCCGGGUUCCGGCUGGGAGAUCAGAGCGGUGAAGGACAACAAGGGAAAUGAGGGUCGGGGGGCGCUGAGGUUUCGUGGCUGGGCACCUUUCAGUCCGUGCCGGGGAAUCAUUGUCUGCUAGAGGAUCUGCUGAGGCCCUGAUCCAAAAUGCACAGAACCACCAGGAUAAAGAUCACGGAGCUGAAUCCCCACUUGAUGUGUGCUUUGUGUGGUGGCUACUUCAUAGAUGCAACCACCAUAGUGGAAUGUUUACACUCUUUCUGUAAAACCUGCAUCGUCCGUUACCUGGAGACCAACAAAUACUGUCCCAUGUGUGAUGUCCAGGUGCAUAAAACCAGACCCCUGCUCAGCAUCAGGUCUGACAAAACCUUACAAGACAUAGUGUACAAACUGGUCCCUGGGCUUUUCAAAGAUGAAAUGAAGAGACGGCGUGACUUCUAUGCAGCCUAUCCCAUGGCAGAUGUUCCCAAUGGGUCUAAUGAGGAUCGUGGGGAAGUUUCCGAACAAGACAAAGGGAACCUGACAGACGAUGAAAUUGUCAGCUUAUCCAUAGAGUUUUACGAAGGAAUGAGAGAUGAAAAGAAAGGGACGAUUGAAAACGGGGACGCGGAGAAGGAAAAAAAGAACGGUGUAAGGUUCCUCCGGUGUCCUGCUGCCAUGACAGUCAUGCAUCUGGCUAAAUUUCUCCGCAAUAAGAUGGAUGUUCCCAGCAAGUACAAAGUGGAAGUUCUCUACGAAGAUGAACCAUUAAAGGAAUAUUACACGCUUAUGGACAUCGCCUAUAUCUAUCCUUGGAGAAGGAAUGGGCCUCUCCCUUUGAAAUACCGAGUGCAGCCAGCUUGCAAGAGACUAAAACUGUCCCAGCCUGCAAACUCUGAGUGCACCAACACCAGCGGAGCAUCCGAGUGCGAAUCCGUCAGCGACAAAGCAAACAGCCCAGCCACCUUGCCCGCCACCUCCUCGUCCCUGCCAAGCCCUACCACGCCUUCCCACGGGUCACCCAGCUCCAACACCACCACGCUAAGCAUCCCUGCCCACCCCGGCACCCUGCUCAAUGGCACCUCGAACUGCCACCAAAUGCCACCCUCCUCCAGCAGGGGGCGCAAAAUGACUGUGAAUGGCAGCACAGCAUCUGCCUUGACCUAGAUGGGACCCCGGGGCGUGACUUUCCAUUUUAUAUAUAAAUAUAUAUGUGUAUAUAGGAAAAAAAUUAUACAUACUUAUUUUCUAUUGAUUGACCAGAUUAAUUUAAAAUGCAAAUAACAGACAAAAUGUGGUGGAGUAUUUUUUAAUGUUUUUUUUUGGUCUUCAACUUAUGGAACUUGCAUGCCAUGAGCCCAAGUUUAGGUAAAAGCUGCAGCCCCUUCAUUUUCUAUACCUUCGGUCACCCCAGGAGCUAAUGGACUCAGUAGUAACGGAUACACAGGUAACGGCAAAGCACAUGGACCGAAAGCCUCAAUCCUCGGUGUAAGUGCAUUUGUAGUUCUGUCACUUUCUUGCAAAAGGAUGAGUCUUGUCCAGGCAUUUCUUAAGAGUCACGUCUGAUGUCAUGCUUGUGUCAGCCUCGCCAAUCCCUUUUUCUGACUGGUUUAGGGAUGAAGAACCUAAAAGCGGGGGGGGGGUGUUUUGUGCAUAUGGGCAAGCAGGAAAGGGGUCUUACAGCUUUGUAAAUCCUGCAGUUCUUCCACUAUCCAAACGUUCAUUGACGUUAAGCCAGAGGCUUGCCUGGAGUUAGGGCCACUGGCUAAAAUUUCCAAAAGGGCCUAAACGAUUUAAGAGUUCCAGUUCCACUGAAAGUCAAUGACCUAUGUGAUUUAAGAGCCCAAAUCACUGUGGUGCGUUUGAAAAUGUUACCCAUAGGCUAUUUCCAGAGCAGCCUAGGGCAUUUAGAUACAUCUGCCAUUAAUUUAAAGGGAAGCGUUGGUCUGAUUCCCCUCUCCCACCCCCAAGAGUGCACACAGUCCCAGUUGAAGCCAGCAAGAGCUACAGGUGUUGUGCACUUCUGAAAAUCAGGUCCCAUGAGUUUCAUUUUUCAAAAGAAGUCAGGGCCAGAUUUCUGAGAACAUGGCGAAGUGUGUCCCCCCCACCCCCGUAAAUCUUGCCCAUAUGCAUCUACAUCCCCUAGCCUGCUUUAAAUUUCUCAGCCAGAGGCACCUUCCCUGGGUCCCUUUAGAAUAAGUCUUUGCCCACAGCCUUGUUGCAAUGUCUUAUCUCAUCAUCUUAACAAUCACUGGGUAGUCUCCAAGUAGAAUUUCCAUCCCUCUGUAAAUACAUCCAUCCCUGCUCCUGUCUUCACUUCAUAAUGAUGUUCCCCCUAAAUUUCUGUGCAGUAGGGCAGGAAGGGUGAGAGAUCUCAGCUUUAAGGGCCACCAAAGCACAUUCCAUUUGGAGGUGGACUUGGCAAAGGGAUCUAAAGAACCCAGAAACUAGUUUUGCAAAAGAAUGUGGCUUUGUCUCCCCCCUGUAAAUUUUCUUCUCCUUUGCAGAGUAGAUUUCUAAUGACUAUUUGAGCCUUCGAUCCUGCAAAGAUUUAAGCGUGUGCUUAACAUUACACACUCCAAGCAGUUCCAUUCAUUAAGCACAUGCCUUAAGAGUGGAAUGUUCAAGAGAAUAUAGGCAAUUUAAGAGCACAAGUCAUUGAUUCCCCUUCCCCCCAACCCCAAAGGAGGCCAAGGGAUCUAGGCCCUCAAGUCAACAGAAGCUGGGAACCUCUCCUGGGCUCCUUAGUCAUUUAGGGCUCUUUUGAAAAUCCCACUCUAAGACUUUGCAGGAUAGGGGCUUUAAGUAACAAACAACACCUUCAAAACAGGGAGUACUCACUCACUGGACCCAUAGCAGCAUUUCAUGUACCCUCAACUUUCACGAGCUUGAAAUAAUGUGAGUGGGUGGGAAAGAGAGAGUUAGGGCCCAUUCCACCAGGAAACCAGCAUUUCAGUCCCUCCACUGUGGUGGUGGUUACAAGGAGUGCGGUGGGGUGGCCAGAGAUGAUGCUAAAACUAAGAACCAAUGUAUUUCCCCAUCAAACACUCUGCUCUCCAUUUCUUCCUCCUCAAUAGCUCCUUGCUUGCUAAAAAAGAUUAAAUUUGGCAUUUCAAAGCUUCAUUUUAGUAGAUCUACCCUGUCCCACCAUCUCCACUUCAUCCUCCUCAUGCUGGAUUUAAAAAAAAAAAAAUAAAUAAAUACAGUGCCUUUAGAAAGGUGGCUUAUUUGUGAAGGGGUCAGGGUCAAAAAGAAAAAAAAGUGUUUUCUUUAAAAAGGCAUGUAGCUUCAUAGUAUGUGGUGCUGCGUUUUGCUUAUAUCUUGUGUUAUGACAUUGCCCCCACGCAAGGGGAGGGAAAACGCACAGGUCCUAUCGCAGAGAAGUCUCUUGUCAUCCACUAAAGAUUUCCUUCCAAGCUGCAGUGAUCCUUCUCCUUUAGGGUAAGGGUGCAUGAGUUAGCGCACGGGGGGGGGGGGGCGCGGAAGGGAAGGAGUGAGUGUCUGCAUUCUCAGAAGCACACGUUCUCUUGGGCCGCAAGAAGCUUAUUCCCCUUAUUCAUUCAUGGUGAAAUGAAGGAAUAAAUAAAUAAGUGCCUGCAGAUCCCAGGGACAGGAAAAUUCCUGCAGGGGACAGGAAAGAGUCAAAUUGCUAGAAAGGAGCUGGGGUUUUUUUCUGCAGGGGCCAAGUGUAGACGGGAUGAGAAAUCGUGAAGGCAAAUUGAGACUGACAGGAGUGGGGAAGGGAACUGUGUAUAUAGACCCUGACUCCACAAGGUCAGCAAACAUUGAUUUAAAAACAAAACCGUAAAGUUUUCUCCCAAAGAAUUGAGAGGCAUAGUUGCUGGGAAGAGCCAGCAUGAGCAGAGAGCCCUCUGUGCAAGUCAUCUUGGUAAGGCUCUAGGAAGCUGGGUAGGUUACGGUUAAAGGACUUUCUUCCAGUGGAGACCUCUCCCUCUGCAGCAUUCUAAGGAAGGGAUUAAUCGGUGUUAUGCAGUUCAGCAUAGGGUGAACUGGUUAACUCUGAAUUAGGUGGGGCUUGGGACCUUAACUUCUUAGACACCUUUGAGAACAUUAUCCCCAGCAAGAAUGAGGGAUCUGAGGGGCAAAGAGAACGUAUACUUAUUUUUGGAGGUGGAGGGUGGGUGGGCCAUCCGAAUCUCCCAUGGAAGCAGCCAAAAUGGGCAGAACACAUCUUCGGUUGGGUCAUGGGGGGCAGGUGUGGGGGGAGAAAUGAGGUGUAAUUUGCAUGUAUUGAAGAUGGCUCACUGCAGCCAUGCAUUGUCUCAUGGGAGGAGAAGGCACACAGGUUAAAGAGACAAAGUUGCCAUUGUUCUUAGUCUUUCCGUUUGUUUCUUCCCCUUCUAUUGGCUGGGGCUGGACUGUGAGCUCAAUAGUGUUUCACGGGGCUUCAUGUCCGAUGAAUAUUUUCCACCCUUUGAUAUCCCUUCCCCUUGUACAUAGGUCAAAAUGGACUAAAUGAGGCACUUCCACUGCCUCAAUUUGGGGGUUUGUUCCCCCUCCCAUAUGGUACAAACCAAAUUGCUCUGUAUGUUUGCAUCCUGUAUGAUGUUUUAAUGUCCAGUAAUAUAUUUGGAUAUUCAUAUAUCGUUAUUGGUUAAACAUUUGUAUAACUAUACAGCUUUGUAAAUGUAAUAAAUGCUGCAGAUUGUC